AUAUCAUCAGGACAAAAAGGAAAGGAAGAUUUUAAUAUCCUCGUCCACAGUACUUCCUUCUCCAAACCUUGUCGCCUGAAAGAAUUCUUCCGGAAUCCAAUAAUACCAACGGGAAUUCUUGAAAGUCUCCAAUCCUCAGAAAAAUUUCGGAUCCAGCAAAGCACAGAUCUCAGAGCACCAUUGAGGCUGAAAUAUUUUGAAGAUCUGCCUCUCUGUUGCAAGAUUUGUAUUUCUUCUCCAAAAAGCCUGCAGUUCCGGAAUCCAAUAAUACCAACGGGAAUUCAUGAAAGUCUCCAAUCCUCAGAAAAAUUUCGGAUCCAGCAAAGCACAGAUCUCAGAGCACCGUUGAGGCUGAAAUAUUUUGAAGAUCUGCCUCUCUGUCGAAAGAUUUGUAUUUCUUCUCCAAAAAGCCUGUUCCGGAAUCCAAUAAUACCAACGGGAAUUCUUGAAAGUCUCCAAUCCUCAGAAAAAUUUCGGAUCCAGCAAAGCACAGAUCUCAGAGCACCGUUGAGGCUGAAAUAUUUUGAAGAUCUGCCUCUCUGUCGAAAGAUUUGUAUUUCUUCUCCAAAAAGCCUGUUCCGGAAUCCAAUAAUACCAAUGGGAAUUCUUGAAAGUCUCCAAUCCACAGAAAAAUUUCGGAUCCAGCAAAGCACAGAUCUCAGAGCACCGUUGAGGCUGAAAUAUUUUGAAGAUCUGCCUCUCUGUUGAAAGAUUUGUAUUUCUUCUCCAAAAAGCCUGUCAUUGGUUUGCUGUUUGAUAUUGGACAUGUCCCAAAAAUUCCGCUAUGAAGGCAGCAGGAUUUAUAUUUGUCUGUUGAUGCAGCCAUGCAGGCUCAAUUUUGUUUCUACCAGAUGAAGCACGAAUGACCAUUGACUUGGUUGACGAAAAGCUGUAUAUAAUAAAUCUAUUGGCAGAAAAGACAAACAGCUUUAUAAAAGAAUCUGAAAUAUUUUUGGGAGAGAAGAAGAAGAAGAUGGAGAUAACAAGGAUUUUGCCGAAGGAGUGCAUCUGCAAACUAAUCUCACUCACAACUCCAAAGGACGCCUGCCGAUCAUCCGUCGUUUCCUCGGCCUUCAAAGAACUUGCAGAUUCUGAUGACACGUGGGAAGCUUUUUUGCCGUCCGAUUGGCAAGACUUGAUCGCACAGUCCUCUUCUCCCAACUUGAUUUCUAUGCCCAAGAGACAACUCUACCUGCAUCUUUCUGAUCAUCCCCUUCUCCUAGCGAAUCAAACCAUGAGUUUCUCCUUGGCAAAGGAAAGUGGGAAGAAGUGUUAUAUGAUAGGUGCACGAGGCCUGGGCAUUGCUUGGGGGGACACACCUCCUUACUGGAAUUGGGUUUCUCCUCGACAGUCUCGAUUCCCUCAAGUAGCGGAGCUCCAGUAUGUGUGGUGGUUUGAUGUGAGGGGAGCCCUAAACACUGUGCUUUUGUCCCCGAAAACAACGUAUGAAGUGUUGUUCAUCUUCAGGUUUGGAAGGAGACGAUCGGGAUUCACAAACAAGCAAGUGAAUUACAGUCUCGCUACUCAAGGAGGUAUGAACACUAUUGGACAAGUGGUGCUCGACCCUCCAGAAAUUGGCGUUAAACAUAGAGAUGAUGGAUGGAUGGAAUUCAAGGUUGGGGAAUUUUUCACUGAAGAUCAUGAACAAGAUGAUGAUGAUGAUGGCUCUCUGUCCUUCAGGGUGUGGGAGACUGAUAAUUAUUACACUAAAAAUGGCAUUUUUGUUGAAGGAGUUGAGUUUAGGCCUAGAAGCACUAAUACAUGAUAUGAUUUCUCAGUGUGUUGGACUGGAAUUUUGUAUUUGGGGUGUGGUGUGGACUAGUUAAUUACAUUAAAAUUAAGUUACUUUGUCAAUUUAUGAGAAAUAUUUAUUUAUUUACUUAUGAAUUUAAGAUUAUACAU